AGGAAACUUGCAUGUCGGCUCUGCCAGAAGCGCAAAAAGAAGUGUAACCGGAAAAGCCCAUGUUCUAUGUGCAUCAAGCUCAAAGUCGUUUGUCAGCCAAGCGCACCAGCCGCGCCGCGCAAACGCAGGCAGUCAACAAAGGACUUGUUUGCGCGGUUGGCUUGGUGCGAGGAGCAGCUACGGCGC